CAGUGCCUGAAUUUCCCUGGCCACCCGGAGUGGAGCGGCCGGGUUGGGCGACAAACAGGCUGUGGCUAGGGGGGAGGGGGAGAGGGCAUUUGCUCCUUCGGGACUUCUCACGCCUCCUAAUUCCGUUGGGUGUGGUUUGGUCCGCACACAGGGUCCCGCAAGCCAGCUUAAGCCCACUCCCUUGUGAAAGGGGAAAGUAGCUCCCGCGGAAAGCAGUUAAAGUUGAGGGGAGUGUGAGAGACGGAGUUCUCCCCCAUGCUAGCCGAAUGGUGCGGCCCUGAGGUGGUCCUGGAGCCGGCCCGACGUGUCUGAGAGAGGCCCCAGGGGGGCGGGGAGGUGGCCCGCGGAACGCGGGUUCUGUGAGGAGACGUGGGGAAGAUUCGACUCUGAGAAGAGGAAGAGCCGGAUUGAAAGGGAGCGAGGCCGCUGAGGGGGAGGGGGCUGCCAAGAUGGCGUCGGCCUCCUCUGGGCCGUCGGCGGUCGGGGUUUCAUCCGUGGAUCCCGGGGUCUCUUCCGGUGCCUCGUCCUCAGUGGAAGCUAUAGCCUGUGAACUGAACAACAGAGAUAACACCAGGCCAAAGAAAGAACUGGGUUUCAACUUUCUGUGCUGUGGGGUCAACCGUAAGAGAGCAUCUGGAAUCAAGAGACCCAUGGCACCUGAGGUGCCUUGUUCCUCUGGCAUGCCCAUCAAGAAAAUAGGCCACCGAAGUGUUGAUUCCUCAGGAGAGACAACAUAUAAAAAGACAACCUCAUCAGCCUUGAAAGGUGCCAUCCAGUUAGGCAUUACUCACACUGUGGGGAGUCUGAGUACCAAACCAGAGCGAGAUGUCCUCAUGCAAGACUUCUACGUGGUGGAGAGUAUCUUCUUCCCCAGUGAAGGGAGCAACCUGACUCCUGCUCAUCACUACAAUGACUUUCGGUUCAAGACCUAUGCACCUGUUGCCUUCCGCUACUUUCGCGAGUUAUUUGGUAUCCGGCCUGAUGAUUACUUGUACUCCCUCUGCAGUGAGCCACUGAUUGAACUCUGCAGCUCCGGGGCUAGUGGCUCCCUCUUCUAUGUGUCCAGCGACGACGAAUUCAUCAUUAAAACAGUUCAACAUAAAGAGGCGGAGUUUCUGCAGAAGCUGCUGCCAGGAUAUUACAUGAACCUCAACCAGAACCCUCGGACUUUGCUGCCUAAAUUCUAUGGACUGUACUGUGUGCAGGCAGGUGGUAAGAACAUUCGAAUUGUGGUGAUGAACAAUCUCUUACCACGGUCUGUCAAGAUGCAUAUCAAAUAUGACCUCAAGGGCUCAACCUACAAACGGCGGGCUUCCCAAAAAGAGCGAGAAAAGCCUCUCCCCACCUUUAAAGACCUGGACUUCUUACAAGACAUCUCCGAUGGUCUCUUUUUGGAUGCCGACAUGUACAAUGCUCUGUGUAAGACCCUGCAGCGCGACUGUUUGGUUCUGCAGAGCUUCAAGAUCAUGGACUAUAGCCUCUUGAUGUCAAUCCAUAACAUAGAUUAUGCACAACGAGAGCCCUUAGGCAAUGAAGCACAACACUCAGUUGACACUCGCAGACCAGCCCCGCAAAAGGCUCUCUAUUCCACUGCCAUGGAAUCUAUCCAGGGCGAGGCUCGGCGAGGUGGCACUAUGGAGACUGAUGACUAUAUGGGUGGCAUCCCUGCCCGGAACAGUAAAGGGGAAAGGCUGCUGCUUUAUAUUGGGAUCAUUGACAUUCUACAGUCUUACAGGUUUAUUAAGAAGUUGGAGCACUCUUGGAAAGCUCUGGUACAUGAUGGGGACACUGUAUCGGUGCAUCGCCCAGGCUUCUAUGCUGAACGAUUCCAGCGCUUCAUGUGCAACACAGUGUUCAAGAAGAUCCCCUUGAAGCCUUCUCCUUCCAAAAAGUUUCGGUCUGGCUCGUCUUUUUCUCGGCGAUCAGGCCCCAGCAGCAACUCCUGCGUUACUUACCAGCCAUCGGUCUCUGGGGAACACAAGGCACAAGUGACAACAAAGGCGGAAGUGGAGCCAGGCGUCCACUUCGGUCGUCCUGAUGUUUUACCUCAGACUCCACCUUUGGAGAAAAUCAGUGAGGUCUCGACUAUUCCUGACCCCUAUCUCUCACCUGUAGUUGGAGAGACUUUGCAAAUGCUAACUACAAGUUCAACCCUCUUGGAAAAGCUUGAAGUUGAAGACUCAUAGUUCACCCAUUGAGCAAAAAAACUCAGAAGACCUGGAACAAGAUUCUGCUGUCUCUUGUGAUCCCAAGAUGUCAGCCUUGCCCCAGCAGUGCUGAGUUUUCUUCUUGGUCAUCAAAAAAGGAGCGUAACGGAGACUAGGGGAGCUCUCUAUCUCCUUCCCGAAGAAGAACCUCUUCUCCUUCCCCUUCCUCAUGAAUGGGCAUUAGUGCCUCGGACAGUUGAGGACAGCUGCAUCCUCUCCACUCCUGAGUUGGGCGGCAUGAAUUUUCAACUGGCCAACCUUGGGUUCCACAAUUGAAUUUUUUCAAAUCCCCAUUCUUCCUGCUAGAAGUGGGGUUGCUGGACUUGGUGGUUUGGUGGUUUUCUUCCCCCUCAUGCACCUUUCACUAGGAGCUGGACUCUUAAUUUCCUCAGGACAAACUGGCUGGCACAUUAUCCCCACCUCAGCUCUUUCUCUCUGGAAGAAGACCCUGUAAUCUUUGUAAAGGUUUUUGGGGGAGUAAGGUAUUUAACCACCUCCCAGCUGCCUUCUUUUUUUCCUUCAAAGAGGGAAAGAAAAAGUAGUGCGCAGCAUACGAUUUGAAGCCAGACAGUUUCAGAUCAGAACUCCAGAAGUGUCAGAGAGAUGGCUAUUCAUAACGUUCCCUCAGAAGAGCCCUGGUGUUUGAGAAACAGAAGUGGGGUGGUUGCUCUGCCAGGAGCAGCUCCUCUUUAACUCCUCCUCUCUUGAUGAAUUUCUUAAGGCUGAAGGAAUGGAGAGAGUGGGACAUGGGGUAAUCUUUACCCCUUUUUUUUAAAACCAUAGGGCAGUCAUGGGGGUAGAAGAUCAGAGCCCUUCCUAAGCAGGACCCUACUCACUGCCAGGCUAUAAUGAUUAUUACUGUUUUGCAAUUUGAAAUGUAUUCUGGUUGUUUUUCUAAAUAUGAAGGCUUAUCAAAUGAAUUUUAGAUCCUUCUCCAAAGGAGGUUUCUUCCUUGCUCUUCCCACCUAUUCCGACAGUAUUCUGCUGUUCCUGGAGCUGCAGUGAAGAGUGGGAUACCUGUGUCUGUUUAAUGGCAGUCCAUAUCUAUGAGGCUGGAGAAUAUUCUCUUAAACUCGUGGGGAGCCAGCAGAUUCUUGCUUCGGUGAGGUCAUUGCUGUGCCACAUGCCCUGCCCCCUCUCUUCAUGCAGCGAACUUGGAAAUGGGCGCUAUAUAAUCCUUUUCCUCCCCAUCUCCAGGUAUGUGGUUCUCCAUGUGAUCCUCCUACUCCUGUCAGGGCAUGAAGGGGGCCUGGCGUCUCAGGCAGAUUGUUGAAUUCCCAUACUAUCCCCUUUCCAUCCCACCCUACCUUGAUAGUAGGUUAGCCCAUAUCCUAACUGUCUAUAACUGUCUAUAUUAGACACCCCCAGCCAGCUUCUGGCUGCCUGUCUUUGCUGCCAUGUUCUUUUUUACAAGAAGGAAAGAAACAAUUCUUGCUAUUUUUUUCAUAAUUUACUAUUUAUGAUGUAUUUAAGUGUUUUAUUCAGGACAGAGUUCUGUAGGGGAUGGGAGGGAAUAUUUGAGGGAGGUUGGGUCUUAGGGAAGGGAAUGGGAACUCAGCAUUUUUAUGAAAUGUCACUAUUUGCCGCUACUUUGUAUUGUUCACAAAUGGCAAAUGCAAUAUAAAAGUGAUGAAUAUCUGGUUUUAAUCUAUUAAACUUUCAUCAGUUAUUUAGA